AUGUCUGAUCACGGCUUACCAGAUGCACCUCAGUCACCGCGUGAUUUGAGCUAUGACCCUGAUAGAUAUGGGUGGGAGGAGAUAAUCGAAAACGGUCGGAAUGACCCAGACAGGCACAUCUGCCUACAGGACCAAUGCGACCUUUGUCUUGUCGAUAUAGCACCAGAUGAUUUGGCCAUUGCCGUAACAUGCGAAACACAUCUUCGCCCUUCAUACUGCACCAAGUUAUUCAGAUUUCCCGCCGCCAAGGAGGAGUUUCAACCUGAUGGAGAGGCGUGGAUUCUAUGCCGGGACGCUAAAUGCAAUCAGUCAACUGAAGCUGUGACGAUGCAUGCUUCCUGUUACCAACUCUUCUUUCAGCAUUACACCCAUGAUAACCCCCUCAACGGUGUAUGGGUUGCCACCGCAUGGAGACAUUACUUCAAUCCACGACUUGGCUUCAAGUUGCAAGACAACAGCCUCGUAUCAGUGAGCCCCUCGAUUGCCGAGUCGUUGGGAAUACCGCAGCUGGCUCAACUGCCCCCAAGCCUUGUCCAAGAUAUCAGGUCCAUGUCUCCUGAUAGUCAAGUUUGGGCUUACUUGGCUAUCAAGGAUCGUGCAGAGGGGAUUUCAUCUGCAGCUGGACGAGAUGACCUGUCUUGUAUGCUUGACAAAGUCGAGUCUUGGACUAGGGGCGGGGGUGCACCUGUGAUGAGCGACAGCUUUGCUGGGGAUUGGAGUUUUCGGGUCACGAUAGAUCGCCGCGGUAUACGCAACAUUGAAAGAAUCGAUGGUAUCUCUUCCUACGCAGGUUGGCGGAGUGAAAGCCUUGCCUUCGCUCUGAUACCCCCAGAUCAAGCAAUGAGAAGUUGUGUUGAUUUCAGGCUUGGAGCAGCUCGUCUUGAUCUGUGGGGUGGCAGGUCAGUCCUGUGGGAUACACCGAGUCCUCCUUCAGGGGGUAAAGUGUCAUGGUUCACCGCGUCUGGUCCAUCGCAAUUAAGCAAUGUGCGUCUGCGCACACUGGACUUGCGCAGCACCAGGGGUCUCACCUACCUCUACGUUGGGUCUUCUCUACGGGCUAUUCAUUCUCAUACGUCUCGCUUCCCAACUGCGUUGACGACAUAUGCGCGUUUGCCCGAACACGAUCGACAGCAUGUGGUUUGGGCUCAUGUCCCUAUCUCACCUAGCGAUCGAGUUAUCGGAUUAGGCAUACGAACAAGUGGCACGAAAGGUGGAUUCGCCUCACCCUCUGUUCUAAUUCGUACUGAGCUUGCUGGUGAUAUUGUCAUCGGCCCUCAGCCCAAGCCUGUUCACCACGACUUGCCUCUCGUCCUCAUUAAGGAUUACAGCUGCGAUAUUAUACCGGAGUUUUUCACAUAUGGUUUACCUGAUAUUGACGGUGAAUAUAUGCUUCUCGCGGUGGCAGGAGGGUCAUCUGAACCUAACGCAGAGUCCACACGUCGAUUCCCUCCCAAAACAUUAUCAACGAUAACCCACAGCUGCAGUUGUACUCUCCUCCAAACCCGGGUACCUCUCCAGGGGACCACCCGAAUUGAUGUAUUCACUUGCAAAGCCACGGGUUAUUGCAGAGGGAUGAUAUUUGGGUACGACGACGGGGCUCAGAGGGCUGUUGGUCAAUGCCGCAUCGGAAUUGACAAUGUAACCACCUACAUCAAUCCCACGAGGAUUUGUUACAGCGAUACGAUGCGGGCCCAUUGCUGUGACGGUGAUGAUGAUUGUUCCAACGAAGAACAUGACUCGGGGGAGGAGAUGGGAUGCACAGCGCAUCAAGGUUCCAGGGUUGAAUGCUACAGCGGCACAGAUGGCCAUCAUCACAACGACUGUGAUGAGCAUGUGGUCUGCGUACCCAUUGAAGGGUACCUCGAUUGCCACUGGGAUGACCGAUGGACUCGACUGGACAUACAAGAACAUGCCCCUGAAGCCGUUGCGGCAAUAAUGCAAGUGGAUAUGAACGGCAGAAAUCCCCGCGUAUUCACGGUAUAA